AUGAAACGUUUUAUCAUCCACUUGCUGCUGCUGAUAUCGGUGGCGGCAAGUCGUACUGGUGUUCUAGCACAAGAUUAUCGCCUACCCAAAGUAAUUAUACCCGAUGCUUACGAUAUUGCCAUCAAACCUUAUCUACAGGCAGGUGAUGGCAGCGACAAACAAUUUACCUUCGAUGGUGAGGUCAACAUAACUCUGCAUGCCAUUGAGGAUAAGGUACAGCAGAUUACAUUGCAUAAGGAUUAUAUUGAAAUUUUGGAUACGAUCCUUUAUGAUACUGAGGGAAAGGUGGUUGAAAGAGUUGGGAAGGAGAAAUUGGUGUACGAGUCAAUUACCGAUAAGCUCACGGUACCUUUGCAAACCCCAUUGACGAAGAAUUCGAAUUAUGUUUUGUAUUUCAAAUAUGUUGGACAAAUACGCAGCGGCUUGGCUGGCGUAUUCCGCGGUACAUAUGACAAUGAAAA